CCAACAAGCCAUCAGUUCUGGAGACAAGGCUGGACCAACCUACCCCGGGUCUGGUAGCUGGUGGGCGCCUGGAGUUCCUGGACCCAGAGGUCCACCCGGCCCACCCGGACCACCUGGGCAACCUGGCUACCAAGGACCACGUGGAGAAUCAGGAGAGCCUGGGCCACCGGGAGACGAGGGUUUGCCAGGUGAGCCGGGACCUGCAGGACCUAUUGGACCUGCUGGUGAAAGUGGUCGCCCUGGUGUACCUGGCAUGCCUGGCCCUAAAGGACAUCGUGGAUUUCCUGGACGAGAAGGUCCCGAAGGUCAGCCUGGACGACAAGGAGAAAAGGGUUCUGUAGGAUCUUCCGGGCCUGCAGGGGCUCCAGGGCAGGCUGGUCCUCGUGGGUCACCAGGGGAUCGUGGCCGAGAUGGAUCUCCAGGAGUACAGGGCCCCCGUGGUGAGGAUGGCGCCCCUGGAAUCUCUGGCCCCUCCGGACCAUCCGGACCCCCUGGCAACCCUGGAUUUCCUGGAGCUCAAGGUCAAAAGGGUGAUGCAGGAUCUUAUGGUGCUCCUGGUGACACAGGACCCCCAGGUCCGGCUGGAGCAGAUGGACCCCCAGGUACCCCAGGAAAUGUUGGAUCACCUGGCCUUAGAGGUCUGGAUGGAACCCCUGGGUCAAAGGGUCAACAGGGUCCAGUUGGAGCUGCCGGUCAGCCAGGUUUUUCUGGACCCCAAGGCCCACCUGGUACUCCUGGAGAAGGAGGUCUUCCUGGUGCCAAAGGAGAUGCUGGACGAAAUGGAUUGGCUGGGGCCCCAGGUGAUGCAGGCCCCCGAGGUAAUACUGGGCCCCCUGGAGAGAGAGGUUUACCUGGCCUACCAGGACAAGAAGGAAAGAGAGGAGCUAUCGGAACACCUGGUCCAGCAGGCCCGCAAGGACCACAGGGUGAACUGGGAGUUCCUGGACUGAACGGCCUACCUGGCAGCAUUGGUUCACCUGGAGCACCAGGAAAAGAUGGUGAGCGUGGCCAGCCUGGAGAACGAGGAUCUCCUGGAUCUAAUGGUCAACCAGGUAACCCAGGCACUGAUGGUCCACCUGGAGAGAGAGGCUUGCCUGGUAAUGAUGGUGCUAAUGGAAAUCCUGGAGAGCAGGGGCCUCAAGGACAGCAAGGGCCCCCAGGUCUUACUGGACCUCCAGGGACUAGAGGUGAACCUGGACCCCAAGGACGUGCUGGACCCGAUGGAAGACCUGGCCCACCAGGACCAAGAGGAGAAAGAGGAACUUCUGGUGAAUUAGGUCCACCAGGAGGUCCUGGCCCCUCAGGUCUCCCAGGUCCUCCGGGUCCCCGUGGCAAUGAUGGACGGCCUGGAGCUCCUGGCCAACCAGGCUUAAUUGGUGAAUCAGGAAUAUCUGGACCAGUUGGACAACAAGGUUUCCCCGGAGAGCCAGGACCAGCAGGUCCACGUGGAUCCCCAGGAGAAAGGGGACCUGGCGGACCUGUGGGAGAUGUAGGACUUCCUGGGCCUCCAGGACCAGCUGGACCACGAGGCGACAAUGGUCCCGGAGGUGUCCAGGGAAUUCCUGGAGAGAGAGGUCCUUUGGGACGUGUUGGACCCAGAGGAAAUAGGGGUCCACCUGGCUCACGUGGUCGAGAUGGUGAAGGUGGGCCAGCAGGAGAGCCUGGUCCAGCAGGUUUCCCUGGACCGCCAGGUGAGGGUGGAAGUGCUGCAGUUAAAGGAGAUCCGGGUCCACCAGGCUUUCCUGGUCCUGAUGGCCCUAACGGUCCAGCUGGACGAGACGGAGCAGCGGGACCUGCCGGGCAGCCAGGCCAGACUGGACCUCAGGGACCUCCUGGAGAAGGUGAUGCCGGAUCUCGUGGCUUGCCAGGAGAGGGUGGCAUUGACGGGGAAAAUGGAAGACCUGGACCGGACGGCGCUAAAGGAUCAGCUGGCGAACCUGGCCCACCUGGCAAUGCAGGACAACCUGGCCAGCCAGGCUUACCUGGACAACAAGGACUUAACGGACCUACAGGCUCUCCUGGACCUUCUGGACCACCAGGGGCUCAAGGAGAAAGGGGCUCUCCUGGCCAGUCAGGACCCCCAGGAAUUGCUGGUGAAAAUGGACAACCUGGCCCACAAGGUAACGAUGGAUUACCUGGAGAGAGAGGCAACACUGGUCCAUCGGGACUUUCUGGAGGACCCGGAGGUCCAGGACCUCAAGGAGAGAGAGGACCUCCUGGAUUUGUAGGUCUACAAGGAGAACCUGGCCCUGGUGGUAAUGCUGGUGAACCUGUAAAUGAAAAAAGAUGUUAUCCAGGACCUGUGGGUCCUCCGGGUCUGGCUGGACCCUCAGGUUUUCAGGGAGAAGCGGGUCCCUAUGGUGACCGUGGCCAAGAUGGUUCUCCUGGAGCCCAGGGAAGACCCGGUGACAAGGGAUCAAGAGGUACACCAGGCUCACCAGGUCCACAAGGAGUUAUUGGUGCCCCAGCUGGCAGACGUGGCAAGAAUGGAGCUAAAGGAGACAAAGGCUGGCCGGGACGACCAGGAACUCAGGGAGCUCCAGGACCUCAGGGACCACCAGGUAUCCCAGGAGCUCCAGGGCCACCUGGACCACCUGGCUAUGGUCCUGGUUCUACAGCCGGUCCAUCGUUCGGAGGAUUCCAAAAAUACCAAGACUCCUACCAAUAUGACCUUAGAGAAGACACUGAAGCAGCGUAUGAAGGCCUCAAUGCUGCACGCGAGGCCAUCAAUAGAGUCUAUCGACCAACUGGCAGCAGAACAUCUCCUGGCCGCACCUGCAAGGACAUAAAGAGGCAUAACCCUGACUUCAAGAAUGGUGAAUACUGGAUUGAUCCCAAUGAAGGAUCAACCACUGAUGCCAUUCUUGUCUACUGUGACUUUGAUACGGAGGAGAGCUGUAUCAAGUCCAAUCCUAACAACUUCUUCUACAAGACUGAUGCCCACCAGCUGAAGUACCUGCAGCUGCUGUCGUCUGGAGCUCGUCAAACUGUGACCUACAACUGCCUCAACACGAGCCCGUACCGCGCCAGGUUCAGUACAGUAUCCGGAGAUGAGAUUGACAGUGCCGAAGGCAGGUUCAAGAAGUCAACCUUCAUUCAAGUUGUUGAUGACUGUCGCAAGGACAACCAGUGGCACACAGCCGUCUUCAGCAUCAGAACAAACAAAACCGAAGUGCUCCCAAUUACCGAUAUGGUUCUGUUUGAUGUUGGCCAGGAAAACCAGCAGUUUGGUAUACAAGUAGGAAAUGCCUGCUUUAGCUAA